AUGCAGGACAACAUGGGGCGCAGGAGGAGUGUUGACGUCGGCGGUCUCGCGCGCGCACUAACAGAAGAGGGGUGCGGCCAAGGCUGGGUCGGUUUUGAGGAGGAAGACUGCGGCGAGCCCAGAUACGCAGAACAUCUGACCGACGUCCGCAUGCACACCGAGGUUAUCAUGAGCCAAGACUUCGAGCCCGAACCACCGCUCAUGGACAUGCGACCUGAAGUGCGCGAGCGUCUCAUAGAGUCUCUCAGCUCCUGGCAUUUUGAACCUCGAAAACUCCCACCUGAGGAGAUGGUGACCUGUUCAUAUAUCUUGUUUGAAGCGCUCUAUUGCAUAGAAAACAUGGAGGAUACUGCCGGCGCCCCACUCAGUCAAUUGGCGACCUUCCUCCAACACCUCCGUCAACUAUAUCGUCCGAGAAACUCGUAUCAUAAUUACGACCACGCUCUCGACGUUCUGCAAGCGAUCUAUUUCUUCCUAUGUUCAGCAGGCCUCGUACCUCCGGUCACGAUCCUUCGUGAACACAAUCGAACCUGGACACGAGAUCUUUCGCGCUGCGACCCCCAUGCAGCAUGUCUCACGGACUCUGACAUAUUCACCCUCUACAUCGUUGCCGUGGGUCACGACGUAGGGCACCCGGGUCUCAAUAAUGACUUCAUGCGAAACGCCAAGACACCACUAUCAUUCGUAUACGAUGACAAGUCGGUCCUCGAGUGGAUGCAUUACAACAUCAUCACAAAGAGCUUGCGAUGGCAUAACCUUGGCAUUCUCCUGGAUCGUCAGGACGCAGGGCACUCCUUCCGGCAGCUCCUUCUAGGGACCGUUCUCGUGACGGACAUGGGCGUUCAUCUGGACUUUAUGAAGAAGUUUGAGCAGCUCAUUGAAUCCGGUGACCACAUCCCUGAUCUCGAGAAGCGCCUCCUACUUUGCCAGGCCCUCAUCAAGUGUGCGGAUAUCAGCAACCCGUGUCGGCCUUACGCCGUUUCAAAAGCUUGGGCAGCAGCGUUAGAGUCCGAAUGGUGCACCCAGCGCGUCUUCGAGAAGCAUCUGCACCUUCCGCAAUCUGUGAAGCCGUCGGAGACUCCUCAAGGCGAAGCCAAGGGGCAGAUUUGGUUCAGCACAACCUUCGUGCGCCCUUUAUUUGACCUCGUUGGCCGACAUCUCCCUUCGAUGGAGCAGUUUGCCGGCCUCACGCGAGAUAACUUGGUUCUAUGGCAACAGGUUAUAGAUGAAUUCGAGUCGGCCGCCGAGGUCUCCCCCAAGUCUCCCGACACACCCAUGGCAUGGCCUUCCCAAACACCCGACGACUUCCGCACCGUCUUCCAACCUGCUUUGCCGGAGUCCUUCCGCAUGGAAGAGCCCUGCACUCCCUUCGACCACCACUCCUUCCGUGACCCCAGCCUACGUCCCAACACGUCACCUUCGUCUUCUGAGCACAGUAAUUAUGAGAGCUGCGAGUCUAGCCUGCCCUCACCGACCUUCUCCCCCGUUCUCAACCCCGAAUCCCCAGCGCUUGGUUCCCACCCACCUCAUCUCGAACUCGUGUCGCCUUCCCCUCCCCCCACACAAUCUCGCGCGCCCAGCGUGCUGUCCAUGGUCGCGUCCAUGUCCGAAAGUGCCAGCUCCUCGUUGUCGAGCGACGCGACCGCGUCCAUACGUGCCGCUUACAAGGCCGGCGUGCGCAAGAAGAAGUCCUUCCAUCGCACCUCGUGGAAUCCGCCACCGACGUCGAUGUCGAGCACGCCCCCGAGCGAUUCCAGCGGGAGCCCCACCAGCCCUGGCGGCACCGGCCCAGGAUCCCCGAGCACAGGCUCGAUGACCCCCAGCUCGGUGGCUCCCAGCCCCCUCACGCCCGCGGAAUCGAGCGCACCCGUUGGCUCUAGUGCGGCCCGCCCGAUGCUCCUCAAGGCUGCGCUAGUCUCCGCGUCGUCUUAA